CCGCCACUUGUGUGUUUCCUGUGGUUUCCUGGCGUCUGAGUGCGGAAACACACCGAAGUCGGGAGUGGCUGAUAGCCAACGUUAAUGUGUUUAUUGUGAAUAUUAUUAGGAUAACACUGACUGGAUCUCACGGGCAGCUGCAUACGAGGGCAGCUCAACACUAGGGCAGGAUGACCACGGACAUAUCCGUGGGACCUCGCUGGGACCCGAGCCAGGUCAACCAGCAGGAGCUGGAGGAUUACGAGUACGAUGGCGGGAACAGCUCCUCCCGACUUUUCGAACGAUCACGAAUCAAGGCACUUGCAGAGGAACGGGAGAUGGUGCAGAAAAAGACCUUCUGCAAGUGGGUCAACUCUCACCUGGUACGUGCAAACUGUCGCAUCUCCGACCUCAACAUGGACUUGCGCGAUGGCAAGAUGCUCAUCAAGCUCCUAGAAAUUCUCUCUGGAGAGAAACUGCAAAAGCCGACCAAGGGCAAGAUGAAGAUUCAUUGCCUGGAAAACGUGGAGAAGGCCCUGACAUUCCUCAAAGACCAGAGGGUGCACCUUGAAAACCUAGGCUCUCACGACAUCGUGGACGGAAAUUCGCGGCUCACUCUUGGUCUCAUCUGGACAAUCAUUCUCAGGUUCCAGAUUCAAGACAUAACAAUCGAGCAAGUUGACAACCAGGAAACUAAGUCAGCGAAGGAUGCAUUGCUGCUGUGGUGUCAAAUGAAGACAGCGGGUUACUCGAAUGUCAACGUGCGCAACUUCACAACAAGCUGGAGGGAUGGCUUGGCAUUCAAUGCACUUAUUCAUAAACACAGGCCGGAUCUCAUCCAGUACGAGAAACUGUCCAAGUCUAAUGCUAUCUACAACCUCAACAAUGCUUUCAACACAGCCGAGCAGAAACUGGGGCUCACCAGGUUAUUGGACCCAGAAGAUGUCUUUGUGGACAACCCCGACGAGAAAUCAAUCAUCACCUAUGUUGUUACGUACUAUCACUACUUCUCCAAGAUGAAGGCAGAGACCGUACAGGGCAAGAGGAUCGGAAAGGUGGUAGGACGAGCCAUGGAAAAUGACCGCACGAUUGAGGAAUACGAGCGGCUGACAUCGGACCUGCUCCGCUGGAUCGAGCAGACGAUCGAGGCGCUCUCGGACAGACACUUUGCAAACUCUCUCGUGGGUGUGCAACAGCAGCUGCUGGCUUUCAACACCUACCGCACGGUGGAGAAGCCGACAAAGUUUGACGAAAAGGGCAACCUGGAAGUUAUGCUGUUCACACUGCAAAGCAAAAUGAGGGCAAACAACCAGAAGCCAUACUUCCCGAGGGAAGGAAAAAUGAUCUCCGACAUCAAUCGGGCCUGGGACCGACUUGAAAAGGCAGAGCACGAGCGUGAACUCGCUCUCCGUGAGGAACUCAUUCGGCAAGAAAAACUAGAACAGUUGGCAGCACGAUUCGACCGCAAAGCGGGCAUGCGGGAGACCUGGCUCAGUGAGAACCAGCGACUUGUGUCGCAGGACAACUUCGGUAACGACCUGGCCUCGGCCGAAGCGGCUGCCAAGAAGCACGAGGCCAUUGAGACAGAUAUCAACGCAUACGAAGAACGUGUCCAAGCAGUUGUUGCCGUUGCCCGAGAACUGGAAGCUGAGCGGUACCACGACGUGGACCGCAUCAAUGCAAGAAAGGACAAUGUCCUGCGCCUGUGGAACUGUCUCCUGGACCUCCUACGGGCACGACGAGCGCGUCUGGCAGCUUGCCUUUCACUCCAGCAGACGUGCCAGGAGAUGUUGUACAUCCUGGACUGCAUGGAGGGAGUGAAGGGGAGCCUUUCAUCCGCCGACCUCGGCAAGCACCUUAUGGGCGUUGAAGACCUCCUGCAGAAGCAUUCCCUCAUUGAGGCUGACAUCAAUGUGCUCGGAGAACGUGUGCGUACGGUUGUGAAUCAUGCGCAGGAGUUCAUGAAGGAACAACAGCCCACAGGUGACACGAAGCUUGUGAAAGAGCGCACGAAACAGCUGGAAGACGCGUACUCGGAAUUGGUUCGCCUGGCAUUGGAACGUCGCAAGAAGUUGGAAGAUUCCCGAAGGCUGUGGCAGUUCUACUGGGACAUGGCCGAGGAAGAAGCAUGGAUUCGCGAAAAGGACCAGAUCCUGUCCUCGCUGGAGAUAGGACAUGACCUCACAAUGGUUCACCUUCUCAUUUCGAAGAACAAGGCAAUGGAGGACGAGCUUGCAGCCCACGAGCAGCAGCUCAUGGAGGUCGUGCGGACAGGGAACUCCCUGAUUUCCGAAGGGCACCCAGGCUCCGAGGCAGUGUCCGAGAGGACAGCAGAGGUGGUUGAAGCAUGGCAGCGGCUUCGUGACCUGCAGGCUGCCAGGGCUAAACGCCUCAUGGAAGCUGUUGACUUCCAUCAGUUCUUUGCCGAUGCCGAUGAUGUUGAUACCUGGAUGCUGGACACCUUGCUCUUAGUGUCCAGCGACGACGUUGGGCGGGACGAAGCAAAUGUGCAGUCUCUACUCAAGAAACACAAGGAUGUGACAGAAGAACUGAAGCGCUACACCAGCUCCAUUGAUGCCCUGCACGCUCAAGCGGGAAGCCUCGGAGAAUCGGACAGGGAGUCCCCAGCUGUCCUGGAGAGACUGGCGUCAGUCGACCGCCGUUACAGAGAUCUGUUGGAUGUUGCACGUCUCCGCAAGCAGCGACUCCUGGAUGCACUCUCUCUUUACAAGCUUUUCAACGAAGCUGAUGGUGUUGAGCAAUGGAUACUGGAGAAGGAGAAAAUGUUGGACAGCAUGGUGAUGACCAGGGACAUGGAAGACACGGAGGUCAUGCGGCAUCGCUUCGAGGGCUUUGAGCAGGAGAUGAACGGCAGCGCAUCGAGGGUGGCCGUUGUCAACCAGCUGGCGCGGCAGCUUCUCCACGUCGAGCAUCCAAACUCUGAACAGAUCCAGGCCCGACAGAACCAGCUGAACCAGCGCUGGGCCGCACUGCACGAUGCUGCGGAGAAAAAGCGUGACGACAUCGGCUCAGCUCACGGGGUGCAGACAUUCCACAUCGAGUGCCGCGAGACUAUUACUUGGAUCGAAGAAAAGACCAAGCUGUUACAAGCUACCGAAGAUCUGGGUGAUGACCUCACGGGUAUCAUGACCCUCCAGAGGAGGCUCAGCGGGAUGGAGAGGGAUCUUGCAGCCAUUCAGGCAAAGCUCGAUGCACUCGACAAGGAAGCUGAGCGAAUCAAGCAAGAGCACCCAGAGGAAGCAGAAGCUAUACAAGAACGCAUCCUGCAGAUCAAGCUGGUCUGGGAGCAAUUGACGCAGCUGCUCAAGGAGCGCGAUGCUAAGCUCGAGGAAGCCGGAGACCUGCACCGUUUCCUCCGCGACCUGGACCACUUCCAGACGUGGCUCACAAAGACCCAGACGGAGAUUGCGUCGGAAGACGAACCCACCACCCUCCAGGAAGCGGAACGCCUGCUGGAACAGCAUCGAGUUAUCAGGCAGGAGGUCGACAACUACACGGACGACUACGCCAAGAUGAUGGAAUACGGCGACCGCAUCACCGCGGAUGCGGCCGACGAAGACCCGCAGUACAUGUUCCUGCGAGAGCGCCUGCGAGCCCUGCGAGACGGAUGGGCGGAGCUCACUCAGAUGUGGGAGAACCGUCAGGCUCUGCUGUCGCAGUCGCUUGACCUGCAGCUUUUCCAGAGGGAGGCUAAGCAGGCAGAAGUGCUCCUCAACCAGCAGGAGCAUUAUCUCUCCAAGGAUGAGACACCUACCAACCUGGAACAAGUGGAGAACCUUAUCAAACGACACGAAGCCUUCCUCACCACCAUGGAGGCGAACGAUGAGAAGGUGAACGCCGUGGUGCAGUUCGCGCAACGCCUCUGCGACGGAGAUCACUUCGCCUCCGACAAGAUCCGCAAAAGGACUGACAGCAUAGUUGACAGACGCAAUGCCAAUAGAGAGAAUGCAAACGCUCAGAUGGCAAAACUCAUGGACCAGCUUGCCCUACAGCAAUUCCUGCAAAACUGCGACGAGCUGGGCGAAUGGGUUGGCGAGAAGACCAUUGUUGCUCAGGACGAGACGUAUCGUAGCGCCAAGACCGUGCACACAAAGUGGACGCGCCACCAGGCCUUUGAGGCCGAGGUGCAGUCAAAUAAGGACCGCCUCUACAAAGUACAAGAAGCUGGCCGUGCCCUUGUAGCGGAGAAGCCCGAGCUGGCUCAGAUAGUGGAGCCCAAGCUUGCAGAGCUGGAACAGCAAUUCUCUGCCCUUGAGGAUACCACUAAGGAGAAGGGCUUGAAGGUGUUUGAUGCCAAGCGGCACGUGCUGUACGAACAGACCUGCGACGACAUUGACGGCUGGAUUACUGACCUCGAGUCUCAAGUGCUGACGGCCGAGACCGGACAGGACCUCACCUCUGUUAACCUCAUCCUUCAGAAACAGAAGGACGUCGAGACUCAGAUGGCUGUCAAAGCGCGCCAAGUGGACGAGUUGCAGUCACAGGCAAGCUACCUUCAGCAACUGGACCCAGAAAAGACGGAAGAUAUCGUUCAAAAGCGAGCCGUCGUGGAGCAGCGCUUUGAGCGUCUGCAGGCUCCUCUCAACGAGCGCAAGCAACAACUACUCAAGAAGAAGAAAGCCUACCAAUUCCGAAGAGACGUCGAAGACGAGAAGCUCUGGAUCGAUGAGAAAAUGCCGCUGGCGACGUCGUCGGACCGCGGAGCAUCCCUCUUUGGUGUGCAGAUGCUGCGUAAGAAAGAGCAGUCCUUACGAAACGAGGUGGACAACCAUGAACCGCGCAUCAUCAACAUCUGCGAGGAUGGGCGUAAGCUUGUAGAGGAGGGCCACGAAGACUCCGAAGAAUUCAGUGAACUGGUUAAGGACCUUCAAGAACGCUGGGCCCGUUUGAGGGACGCCCUGGAUGCUCGCCGCCAAGCUCUGCUUGUGUCUGAGAAGGCACACCAGUACUACUUUGACGCCAGUGAAGCUGAAGCCUGGAUGAGCGAGCAGGAGCUGUACAUGAUGGUGGAAGACCGUGGGCGAGAUGAGAGCUCGGCGCAGAACCUCCGCAAGAAGCAUCAGACCCUCGAAGGCGCUGUCGACGACUACGCAGACACGGUGCGGCAGCUGGGUGACGCUGCUCGGCAGCUGAUUCAGGAUGGACAUCCAGAUAGUGACCAAGUGGCAGUACGGCAGUCCCAGGUGGACAAGCUGUAUGCUGGUCUCAAGGACCUUGCCCAAGAAAGGAGACAGAAGUUGGAGGAGGCUCUGCGCCUCUUCGGUCUCAACCGCGAGAUGGAUGAUCUUAUGCAGUGGAUCGCUGAGAGAGAGGUGGUAGCUGGCUCACAAGAGUUGGGCCAGGACUACGAACACGUGACCUUACUGCGGGAACGCUUCAAGGCAUUCUGUGAAGACACCCGCUCUGUGGGAGAGGAAAGAGUUGCUGCGGCAUGCGCCCAGGCAGACGCCCUUAUGGCUGCCGACCACGCAGACGCAGCAACGGCCGCCCAGUGGAAGGACACCCUGACGGAUGCCUGGGCGGACCUGCUGGAGCUGAUGGAUACUCGAGCCCAGGUAUUGGCUGCCUCCUGGGACCUACAUCGCUUCUUCCACGACUGCAAGGACGUACUGCAACGUAUCCUCGAAAAGCAAAACAGCAUGUCAGACGAACUUGGCAGAGAUGCUGUGAGUGUGUCCAACUUGCAACGCCGCCACGCCAACUUCGAGAAUGACCUCCAGACCCUGGGAUCCGCAGUUGAAGGCAUUAAACAUCAGGCUGGGCAGCUGGGGGCUGCCUACGCCGGAGACCGAGCCCGGGAGAUCCAGGGCCGCGAGGGUGAAGUUGUGGCUGCCUGGCAGAGGCUGCUUGGAGCAUGCGAGGGCCGCCGCACCAGGCUGGCGGACACGGGCGACCUGUUCCACUUCCUCAGCAUGGUGAGAGAUCUGCUGCUCUGGAUGGAAGACGUCGUGCGGCAGAUGAACACGUCCGAGAAACCGAGUGACCUAUCCAGGGAUGUGUCGGGAGUGGAACUCCUGAUGAACAACCACCAGAGCCUGAAGGCGGAAGUGGACGCCCGCGAAGACAACAUGUCUGCGUGUGUGGCUUUGGGCAAGGAGCUGCUUGCCAGAGGCCACUAUGCUUCGGGCGAGAUCAAGGAGAAGCUGCUGGCCCUGACCACCCAGCGCACGGCCAUGAUGACCCGCUGGGACCAGCGCUGGGAGCACCUGCAGCUCAUCCUGGAAGUGUACCAGUUUGCCAGGGACGCCGCCGUGGCGGAACACUGGCUGGUCGCGCAGGAGCCCUACCUGCUCAGCCAGGAGCUGGGCCACACGAUUGACGAGGUGGAACAGCUCAUCAAGAAGCACGAGGCCUUUGAAAAGUCGGCUGCUGCGCAGGAAGAACGGUUCGCAGCUCUGGAGAGAUUGACAACGUUGGAGCUCAAAGAGCAGGAGCAAUCGGGACUACACGAAUACAAGGAGCACAAGCGAGCCAUGUACGAUCUCGACCAACAUCUACGAAACUCUGGCCUCUACGAGCCGGUGAACUUUGAACUUAAACAACUACGCGCCCGGGAGGAAGAAGAGGAGGAAAAGCGUAGGCAAGAAGAGCUGGAGAGGUUGGCUGCUCUGCAGCCUCCUCCGCAGGAACCUCCUCAGGACCAGGUUGACACCGAAGCUUCCAAGGAAGCCGUGACAGAGCAACCCGUCCUGAAUGGAGACCAAGAGCGCCAGGUUGCUGAACCAGUGGCUGAAGAAAGAGUAACGCCAGGGAAAGGGCGGCCAAAAUCGUCCCCAGUGCCCUCCACUACGCCCUCAAAGGCAUCAACUUUGCAGCCAGCGAGCAGGAGCCAGAGCCCCCCACUGCAUGCAACACCUGCAGCUGCCGCCGCGGCUUCUCGCUCCGCCCCAAGCACUCCUACGCCUCCGAAGGACAAGAAAAAGCGGUCACGCUCAAAGUCGCCCUUCAGCAGCUGGCGAAAGAAGAAGUCCACACUGGACGACUCGGACGAGGCAGUCUUCCCAGAGAAGCUCAGUGCUCCUUCUGACGAAGAAGGCCAGUUUGAAGGCAUGCUCCAAAGAAAGCACGAAUGGGAGUCCACAACAAAGAAAGCUUCAAACAGAUCGUGGGAGAAGGUGUACAUGGUUGUCCGAGGCACCAUGCUUAUGGCUUACAAGGACCAGAAACACUUCAAGCAGGACCCUGAAACCUACCUACGAAGCGAAAGUCCAAUUGACUUGAAGACUGCCACUGCAGAAGUUGCUUCCGAUUAUACCAAGAAGAAGCACGUAUUCCGACUGAAGCUGUCUUCUGGAGGAGAAUACCUCUUCCAGGGCAAGGAUGAUGAGGAGAUGAACCAGUGGUUGCAGAAAGUGCAAGCUGCCAUUGGAGAAGGUGAAGGAUCCUCGGGUCCUUCACGAGCACAGACACUGCCAGCCGAGCGCAAGGAAGAGGCCAAGAAGAGGAGUUUCUUCACUCUCAAGAAAACUUAAAAGAAAGAAGAAAAGUGAAGAAUUAAGCAAAGAAAAGGUUCCUGGGCUGCUAUUAGAGAGAGAACUCCUUUUGUUUUCUCUGUUCUUCGUUUUCCUCUGCCUCUCCCGUGUGUCGAGCACGUCGUCCUUUCCGGCUGCUCCGAGAAAAACCUUUGUCUGCACUGGACGCUCGUCUUCCCCUCCUCCCUCCUUUUUUCCCUCUCCCAAAUCCAAGAAGAGUAAAAGAAGAGAGCAGACACGAAGAGGCGUAGGAAAAGAAAAACAAGUUAUAUAUUAUUAUAUUUACAUCUAGCUUUAAAAAAAAAAAAAAAAAAAGCACAUUCGUGAAAUUGCACCGCAUCGACAUCCUCGCCGCGCACGCACCUCUUCUCCCGGGAAGGGGGGGGAGGGGGGUUGCGGCCAACCUUAAUGUCGUGCCACUUCACACUGCAGCUGCCCUUGAAACCCAUGUAUAGUAUAUACUAGAGUUAUGAGCCGUCUAAUGAGAUAUUCUCUUGAUUUGAAGUAGGAGAGAACAAAAAAAAAACCAGAAAGAAAGCUUUUUGUCUGCAGGCAUCGAUAUUUGUCGUUACAGCACCUCAUCAUCAUAAAACUGCCGUUUUGAGUGCACACACAACCGAAGUUUGUGUUGUGUUUUUAGUUAGUCUUUAUUACUUUUACGACUUUUUUAAUGCUUGCGAGGCAUUCAGUGCAAGGUGUGGUCGGUCUCGAGCGUGGUUAGCUGGUCGUCUUAUUACGUUUCUCUUACUUUUGUUUUACUGAGGCAUGCCCCGUUCGUGUUUUCCUUUGUCCGCUUGUGCUUGUUUGUUGCUUCCGUCGUACGAGGCUCGUGACCAGUUGCAGACGUCGCCAUGUGGGAAAAUGUAAUCUUCUUCGGGAAUUUGGUUUCUUGAGUCCUUAGCAGAGCGUAGUCGCCGAGAGCAGUUUAUUGUGGACGUCUUGGACGUGGUUAUACCUGCUGUGCACAUUGUAAAGCUUGAAAUACACGAAAUGCCGAAUAACUUCAUUGAAAGUUUGUUGCGCGCGAAAGGCUACUAGGGUUUGCUUCGAGAGACAUCAUUCUCUUUUUAAUUAUCAGACUUUCUCUGUUUGUCCCGUGUUGUUAAUAUCUGUAGAGGAGGACGAUGGAGGUAAAAAUAAAGAAAUUAAACAGAUA